AUAUUUUAUAAAUUUAAAUAAAAGUUAUUAAUAAGUUUUAAUAGAAAAAUAAUCUGGCACUAUACGUACGUACGUCAUCACCAGACGAUGGCCGACAACUGUCAUGGCGGCGAGUCUGACAUCAACAGAACCGGGUUUAACUCUAUAUUGGGCACUUUUUACAGAUAAACUUUGCUGUUUAACAACAAUCUGUGUUAUUUUCGUCACACUUGGAACUUUUAUAAUAUUUGAUAUUCUUAGUGCUGUGACAGUAUUAAUAUCUUACCUGAUAGGAUGUCUAGGUGUUACUUUUAUUUUAUGGUUAAGGGAGAGGAAAUUACCAGAUAUUUUCUUUCUACCAAAAAAAUCUAAGCAACUAGUCAAUGUAUUUAAUAUUCCACAGCAAUGUACAGUAUGUGGAAAUAUGAAAUGCAAACGUCACAGAUCUGAUCUGAAUGUAUAUGUACUUAAACCAUGGACAGAUCUAAUGAUUCCUGAAAGUAUAAAUGAAGCAUUAGAAGAGGUUGUUGCUUGUGUUUGCAUAGCAUAUGUAAAACAUGGUAAAAAAAGGAUACCCGUUGUCCAGAAUUCAUCUUGUAAGUUAAAUGUGAAUGGGAUUGGACUUCAUGCCAAUCAAUAG